AGGUUUACUAUUGGGACGUAAAGACGGGCUUGUUUCACUGGCUUCACACGUCGACGGCCACAUUACCAGGGCUAACAAUUCCUUAAACAAUUUUCCAAUCCAUGGGCUUCACCGUCCAAGAAAUGGUGGCAUUAACCGCCGGCGGCCACACCAUUGGGUUCGCUCACUGCAGUGAAUUCAGCACCAGGCUUUUCGGUAAAAAGCCUGAUCCCGCCCUGAAUCCCAAGUUGGUCGAGGCCCUUAAACGCCACUGCGCAAAUUACUCCACCGAUCCCACCAUAGCUGUCUUCCUCGAUGUGAUUUCUCCUGGGCGUUUUGACAACAAUUUCUUGAAGAAUUUACAGAAGGGCUUGGGAAUUCUAGCUUCGGACAUUGCAUUAAUGAAGGAUCCAAGAACUGUAGCAAUCGUGAAUCAGUAUGCCAUGGAUAACAACUUGUUCUUCAGAGAUUUCUCCAGGGCAAUGGCAAAGCUUAGCGUGUUGGGAGUGAAGACUGGACAUAAAGGAGAGGUGAGAAAAAGAUGCGACAUGUUCAACAAUGUUGAUUAAGAAUGGAAAUUGGAAUUGGAAAUUAGGAUUUUGUUUCCAAUGUUUUGAAUUGAUUCUCAGCCAUCUGAUGACGAUCUAAAGAUGAUUUUAGAUUGAUUACUUAUUGUUAAUCUUGAUUUUCUUAAAAAUAAUA